UUAGAAAUCAUAUUGUCUUUUCAAUAGUCCAAUUAAACCAUGCCAGCAACUUUCAGUUAGUUCUUGGAUUACUAUAUAUGGUGAAAAUGGUAAUGGGAAAAGAUUACAACUUCUUGGGCAAACCCCAUCCUCACCUCUAAGCCUCCACCAUGAAUCAUCCCAAUGAGAAUAAUGGUUGGAUGUCUGUUCCUCAAUUUGGAGGCUGGGAUCAUACGGCCCCAGGAGCUACUGACUAUUCUGUGGUAUUUUCUCGAGCUCGAGCCAAUCGUAAGCAGAAGAAGACAGACUUGACCGACUUCAAGCGCAACAGUAUCGGUACUGAAAGGGAGCUCAUCAACCCUGUUCAUCAUCAAGAUGAUCAAAUAAUGAGGAAAAAGAAGAUUCUGACCUACAUCAAUUGCUGCAUUAGGCCUUGAUUUACUCAAUGCACUCAAUUGUCAAUCAUCUUGCACCAUUGCACUAAAUUUUGAAUUCUGGCUUGUAAAUUUAUGGAUGGCAAAUGUUCGUCAAUUGAAGCAUAAGCAAUCAAAGCUUCUGUAAUCUUUCUUUCUUUCUUUCUUUUUUUCUUGGCCAGAAGAUUCUGUAACCUUUCAAGUGUUCUAUGUAUGCUAUUUACUAUCUAAACUUCUGGGUUCUACAGCUUUUAGCACAGCAGACUCGGCAAAAUAAGGGAGUGAAAUCAGAUUGUAAUAUAAUUAGAAAACAGUCAUAUUAGAGUUCCAUUAGUUUACAUCCAUGGGAAACUUCAUAUACAUUUCACACCAAAUGGUGAUGACAUUAGCCUGGUCUCAUUUAUUUCUCUUCUAUACAAAGCCAAGGCCAUGUAUACAUGAGUAUGGUGUAUUAUUCUCCCUCCAGGUAAACCUAGUAGAGUAGCAGUAAUAGUAACUGCAGUUUAAGCUGCGGAUUUAAACCGCUUUACCGGAGCUUGGAGGGAAGAUAAAUACAUAGCAUCUAGCUUGUCAAUUCCAUUGAACAGAUAACCGAAUGGUGGCAGUUCUACAUACUUUCCAGAACCCGGAACAACCUUCAGUUCAUCAUUUUCCCAAACAA